AUGGACUACCAAGGUCAAAGUGGCGGCGGACGUGCCUGCUUCACCUGCGGCCAGACCACUCAUCAGGCCCGCGAUUGUCCCAACCGUGGUGCAGCCAAGUGCUACAACUGCGGCAACGAGGGACAUAUCAGCCGUGACUGCCCCGACGGUCCCAAGGACACUAAGACCUGCUACCGAUGCGGUCAGAGUGGCCACAUCAGCCGUGACUGUCCCCAGAGCGGUGGUGCUCCCCAAAUAGGUGGUGGCGGCGGUGGCUCCCAGGAGUGCUACAAGUGCGGCAAGGUUGGCCACAUCGCGCGCAGCUGCCCUGAUGCCUACGGAGGUAACAGCUACGGAGGCGGAGGCGGCGGCUACGACCGUGGUGGCUACGGCGGCGGUGCCGGUGCCGGCGGUGCGCAGAAGACCUGCUACUCGUGCGGCGGAUUCGGACACAUGUCUCGCGAGUGUGUCAACGGAAGCAAAUGCUACAACUGCGGCGAGAAUGGCCACUUCUCUCGCGAUUGCCCCAAGGAAUCCUCUGGUGGCGAGAAGAUCUGCUACAAGUGCCAGCAGCCUGGACAUGUCCAGUCUCAGUGCCCCAACUAA